AUGCGAACGCAUCCCACGUUUUACGUUGGUCGGCUUAAGCCGUACCAUCAGUACGCUGAUUCUUCCGAUGAAGAACGCCCUUGCGCUCAAGCAUCUCGCAGAGAGCCUUGUGCUCCCGAUGGUGGGCAUCAACAAGGGUCUGAAGAGCAGCUAUCUCAUCCCGAGACCGAUCAGCCAUCCCACGAGCUACCCUUAGCUCGUCACGAAGAGAUGUCAGAGAUCUCUCGUUCUCAAGCUGAGCAAAGGCAAACUCAGCUCGAUGCUUCGAGACAGUGUCCGCCGGUUAGAGACGCCUGUCCCGCUCAUGCUCGAGAUCGUCGCGUAACCCUUGCGUUACGCGAUCAAAGCAGCUCUCGGGAACACACCGAUCCACAUGAUCGUGUGGAGAGCUUCUUUCCUCCUCCUCCACCUCCAUUAGAGGACUCUCGCGGUGGCCAGCGCUAUCUAGUUGAGCAGCUGUUGAACCACCGCGACGUGAACGGACGUCGGACGAGUUACCUCGUCCGGUGGCGCGGCUAUCCCCCGUCCUGGGAUUCUUGGGAGCCCCGCUCCCAAUUGAUGGUUGACGUACUGGGCCUGGUCGAGCAGUACGACGCGGCACAUCCUGUGCCGCAGAAGGACCGCCGGAGAAAGUCUUCCCGGCACGGUCGUAAAGGGAUUCAGGUUGUCAAUCCCUUCGUACAUCUCAGUAGAGACACGUACGCGCCACCACGGGCUGGUAAGGAGACGAUGCAGAUUGUAGCGUGCACCUGUCGGGGUUCGCUUUUCAAACUUAUCACGAGCUUUGAUAAGUUUGUCGUUCCAAACAUCACGACCUACAUCCUCGAGGUUAUGGAUGUAGGCGUUCCACGCCUGAAGUAG